AUGGAGAAGAAUAGGAGAGAAAAGGAAGUUAUCUUGACCUCGUGCUGGACGGUCGUGCAGGCGGACAUUGUAUUUCUGGUGGAUGAGUCUUGGGGUGUAGGUCAGACCAGCUUCUCCAGGGUUAAAGACUUCAUCUCUGCCAUCAUCUCCUCCUUCCAGCACAGUGUGGGGGGAGUGGAAGGAGUUCGCUUUGGAGUCACAGUCUUUGGGGACGUCCCCAGGAUGCGGAUCGCAUUGACGGACUACAGCUCACCAGACGACGUGCUGAGAGCCGUUAGAGAGCUCCCCUAUGAGGGCGGUGCCAGGAGGACUGGCAAUGCUCUGCAGUUUUUGGGUGACACCGUUUUCAGCCCCGUCAUCACAAGGGACAAUGCCCCAAAGAUUGCAGUUUUGGUCACGAACGGGCCUUCAGACGACCCGGUAGAAGCUGCAGCAGCUGGAGUCGCUGACAGCGGGAUUCUCUCUUGCAGCGUAACGGGAGCUGAUGUGUCACAGCUGAGGAAGGUCGUGUCCGAACCACAUGAGGAGCACCUACUACUAACACCUGAUUUCUCUCUUCUGGAAACAAUCCUCCCCAAACUGUCCCGAAGGCUUUGUUUUACAGCCUCUGAGCCCCCAAGACCUGUGAAGACCGUCCAGCCCGCUGAAGAGCGUGUGGUGGGUCCCAGGGACUUGCAGAUCAGCGAGUUGGCCCACAGCUCCCUCAGACUGACGUGGAGCCGCGCCACAGGUGAUGUCACCGGGUACCGCCUCCUCGUCACCCCUCACAGCUCUAACGGACAGCUCUUACUUGUGCAGCAGAGACAGAUGGACUUGAAAGCAGACGUGAGCACAUCAGUGGUGACGGACCUGAGUCCUGAGACAGAAUACUCCCUCACCGUCUACGCCGUCUACCCGAGCCUUAUCGGCGACUCUGCAACAAUCACAGUCCACACAACUCCUUUGCCUCAGGUGUCAAACUUUCGUGUUAUUGAGGAGGGGCUGUUUUCCCUCCGCCUGGCCUGGACUCCUCCUCUAGCGAAGCUCAAUGGAUUGAAGAUCUACGUACCACGAUCCAACAGGCCGGGCUUCACGUAUGAGCAGCUGUUGCCUGGAGACGCCUCGUCUCACGUGAUUGACAGCCUGGAGGAGGAUAAAAAGUACACCGUCAGCAUUUACGCUGAGUAUCCACAGGGGGCGAGCAAGCCCGUUUCUGUAGUGGGCAAGACGUUGAAGCUUGUUCCGGUUCAGCAGUUCCUGGUCCAGAAUGCCACCACAGACACCGUCCAGGCUCGGUGGACAUCAGUUAGGGGUGCGACAGGAUAUCGACUGACGUGGUCAUCUCCAGAUGGCCACAUCGAGAACAUAAACCUUGGGGAUACCUUUAACUUCUACAUGAUCCAGGGCCUCUACCCAGGCUCUGAGUACACCGUGACCAUCAACCCCAUUUUUGUGGACAUCGAGGGGCCUGUCACCACAGCCAAAGCAAAGACAUUGGAAAGCAGUGCAGUACAGACUCUGAAGGUGACCGCCGUGAGCACCAGUAGCGCUGUGGUUUCGUGGAACAGUGUCCCAGGGGCCACAGGGUACAGGCUGGCGUGGGGCCCCACACCAGAGUUCGUCGGUCGGGACCGUCCCAGGCAGUUGGCUCUUAAUGGCAGCACCACAGAGUACCAGCUGAAGAACGUUGCACAUGAUACCGAGUAUGUCCUGACACUCUACGUGCUGUUUGGGUCCGUGGUGGGGCCCGGUAUCACCGCUACAUUUAGAACUUCUCCUCUUGGCUAUGUAUCCAACUACAAGGUGGCGUCCUACACCAGUUCCUCUAUAGAUGUGGAGUGGAGUCCUAUUGUUGGAGCUACUGAAUACAAGCUGUCCUGGAAAACAGAUGACAGCAGCCCUCAGUCCCAGUAUCUGGACCGCAGUGUUCUCUUUUAUCACAUUGACAACUUGGACCCACAGUCCACCUACACAGUCAGCAUCUGUGCCGUGUACGGCAACGCAGAGGGGCCGGAAAUCUCCCUGUCCCAGCUCACAGCGGCUGUGUCAGACUCUGAGCCCAUCCAGGCAGUGAAGGAGGUCAAGGUUGUGGACAUAGGGGUCGACUUCUUCACUCUGUCCUGGAGGAAGACACCAGGAGCUACUGGGUACAGAAUCUCCUGGAUCCCAUUCCGGGGAGGCGAUGAGAAGUCCCAGGUCGUGUCUGUCACCUCCACUACCUUCACUAUCAAGAAUCUGCAGGAAAGUUCAGCUUAUAAGAUCCAGGUGUCCUCGAUGUUGGGCAGGAGGGAGGGGAGUCCAGUCCUGCUGACCGCACGCACCUUGGAUCUUCCCAAAGUGAACGGUUUUGUUGCUCUGAAGACAACAAACAACAGCACUAUUCUGAGCUGGACGAGUGUUGCGGAUGUGUCUGGAUAUCUCCUUUCAUGGAGACACAUCUCGGUGCUGGACACUAAAACUGAAGUCCUUGGUCCUGGUUUUACCUCCUACAAGAUCGGUGAUCUGCUGUAUGGCAGAACCUAUAUUUUCACCAUCAGGCCUUUGUACGGAGAAGUGGAGGGGCCCAUUAGCACCGUGUAUCAGAGAAUACUGGGACCAGAUCCUCCAGUGGUGCCAGUCAGCUCAGCCACUGCGGCUCCUCCUUCCUUUCGUAUCACUACCGGCUCACAGUCAGCCACCAGGAGCACCCGCACCCCCGUCAGCAGCCCCCCAAUAAUAACCUUCACCACUAAGAAGCCCACAGGCCAUCCAGAUGACAAACCAGCAGCCGUCACCGCCUCACAAUUAACCACAAUCACCUCAAAGACGACAGCUCUGCCGAGGCCAGCGUGUGGCAAGGCCAAAGCCGACAUUGUGUUCUUAGUGGAUGAAUCCUCGAGCAUCGGCGUUAAUAACUUCAUGAAGAUUAAAGACUUCAUGUUCCGGGUGGCUACUUACUUCCCUGUGAUUGGUUCUCAGGGCACACAGAUCGCAGUGGUUCAUUACAGUGAUGAGCCUCGAAUUGAAUUCCGCCUGAGUGACUACAAAGACAGAAGUGCAGUGCUCAGGGCGCUCAGAGGGCUACCGUACCGAGGGGGCAACACCAAGACUGGGAAGGGCAUCAGCUAUGUUCUGAAGGAACUGUUCCAGGAGUCUCUGGGGAUGAGGCCAGAUGUGCCCCAUGUGGUGGUUCUGAUUACAGACGGCAGGGCACAGGACGAUGUGGUGCCACCCUCCAGAAUCGCACGUGCCCUUGGUGUCAGCGUUCUCGCUGUUGGAGUUGCUCACGCCGACCUCGAGGAGUUGAACAAAAUAGCAUCUCCGACCACCUACCAGAAUAUUUUCUACACGCAGACCUUUGAGGACUUCCCUUCUAUCGAGAGAGAAUUUAUCAACAGCAUCUGCAGUGAAGAACUCCUCUCUGAGUUCAAACAAGAUGAGUCUGCUCAGUUGGACACCCCAACCAAAGACCCAGAAGCACUUCCACCUCAAGGUCCUUGUCCCUGUGUUAAGGGCCAAAAAGGUGAAAAGGGAGGUGGUUUUGGUCUUGGAGGUCUGAAUUUUAGACAAAGCCCUGGACAAUAUGAUCCUUUCAGCUCUUCCAAAGGAGAAAAGGGAGAGAGAUCUGCUCAGUUGGACACCCCAACCAAAGACCCAGAAGCACUUCCACCUCAAGGUCCUUGUCCCUGUGUUAAGGGCCAAAAAGGUGAAAAGAUGGAAUUCCUGGACUGCCUGGACGACCGGGGAGAACUGGACCUCCAGGAUCAGCUGGCCAACGGGGCCCUCAAGGAGUCCCAGGUGACAUGUUAG